GUCCCGCCGGCCGGCCGCGCUCCCCACCUUGCCUGCGCCCGCGCAAGCCUAGCAGAUCUCCACGCACCGAACAUCCAGAGAGUCGCGCCGCGCGCCGACGGAGCGGACAUGGGCAGAGCGAUGGUGGCCAGGCUAGGGCUGGGGUUGCUGCUUCUGGCACUGCUCCUACCCACGCAGAUUUACUGCAACCAAACAUCUGUUGCACCAUUUUCCGGUAACCAGAAUAUUUCUGCUUCCCCAAAUCCAAGUAACGCUACCACCAGAGGGGGUGGCAGCUCCCUGCAGUCCACAGCUGGUCUCCUGGCUCUCUCUCUCUCUCUUCUACAUCUCUACUGUUAGAGACUCAGGCCAGGAAACGUCUCUACUUCCCCAUCUUCUACACCCACCCCAAAUGGCAACCACAAGUCCAAUGUGAUCAGGAAGAAACAGGUCCACCUCGAAUUGGCUGUUACCAUACCUCAACAGAAAACACUGAGAAUUCGAAAUUCGACAGGAUUAAAGGACGCGUGAAGGGUUUGAGAGAAGAGAGAUGCCAGUAUUGAACCUGCUGGAGUUUUACGUCCCAAGAUGAAGACAGCAUCCAGAAUUGAUGUGAUUUCCUUGAAUGUGGCUUAGGAAAUGUGGACACUUAAAACUCUCACUUGAAAUUGGGCAUAGGUUUGAUGUAGAGAUAAGGAUGGGGUGCGGAAUGGAGACCCAUUUUGUCAUUGAUUCAUCUGACCGAUAAGGCCAUAGCGCAGAUAGGUGAUAUUCAAAAGCUUCUCUGAUGCUCUUUAUGUAUAUGUUGGAAGGAACUACCAGGCGUUGCUUUAAAUUCCCAAUGUGUUGUUUCGUUACUACUAAUACGCUAAGCUCUAGGUAAAGUUCCAUGUUGUUGAACUAUGACUGUUCUCUUUGGAAUUGAACAUUUUACACCCUCCUCCUGUGGCUUUAUGUCUGACAUUGUAUUUGACCUUUAUUAGUAAUUAACAUGUGCCAGGCAAUAGUGGAUUGGAACCCAUCCCCAAAUCCAGCCACCUCUGAAUAAAUCUGAUUUCAAAAGUCAAACAGUAGACAUUUCCCAUUGUCGUUUCUCACUCACCACAAGUACCAAAUUCACUAGAGUGCACUGGUUCCAGAGAGCAGAAUCAUGUUGGCCUUGGCUAGUUUCAAAAUGCUGCCUUUUACUUUGAUGUAUGUUGAGGGCUUUUCAUAACUUAAAGUGUGUUCUGUUAGCAAGGCAAAAAUUAUGAGUCUUAAUUCUACAGGCAAAUAUGUAAAGGAGCCAAAACUGUAAACCCAGCAUUUGGGAUGUGAAGACUGGAAGCUAACUCUCAUUGAAUUCACAAAGUCUUUUAUACAAUUUCUGUACAUACUUUUUUUUUUUUUAAGAGGAAAAACAAACAAUGGAUCAGAAUAGCCACGUUUGGAAUACUUUGGUUAUCCAUUCAUAUUUUUAGAUAGUUAUUGGUCCUGUGCCUGAAAGGGGGCUUGGUUCUACCUUAAGUUUUUCCAAUUUCCUUUAUAUACACAUACCUUCUAAAACCUAGACAUUUCCUGAAAACAAUCUUUUGUUCGCAUGGUCACACACUGAUGCUUACCCGUACAGUAGUCUUGAUAACCAGAGUCAUUUUCUCCAUCUUUAGAAACCUUCCUGGGAAGAAGGAGAGCUCACAGACCCGAAGCUACUGUGUGUGUGAAUGAACACUCCCCUUGCCUCACACCUGAAUGCUGUACAUCUAUUUGAUUGUAAAUUGUGUUUGUGUAUUUAUGCUUUGAUUCAUAGUAACUUCUCAUGUUAUGGAAUUGAUUUGCAUUGAACACAAACUGUAAAUAAAAGAAAGAAAUGGCUGAGA